AUGGCCAACCAAGCAGCAGUCCUCACUCAAUCCCACGGUCCCCUAACCAUCCAGGGCCUCCCUAUCCCAAAAUGUCAACCCACAGAAGUGCUAGUGAGAGUGAAGGGAGCCGCCACCAACGCUGCAGACUGGAAGAUAUACUCAGGCCACUUCCCCCAGGAUCUCCCCCUAAUCCCAGGCUGUGACAUCGUCGGAGAAAUCACCGAAGUAGGCUCAAGCGUAGCCGGCUUCAGCAUCGGCGACAGGGUAGCCGGCUACACACAGCAACAACUCACCGGAAUGCAAUCCAUGAUGACUACAGGCCGAGUCGCCUCCGACCUCCGCCACGGCGGCUACCAGACGUACGUCCCCAUGCUCCCGCGCAUGAUCUUCAAAGUCCCAAGCUCCAUCCCCGAUGAAAUUGCCGUCACCUUCGGUUGUUCCUUCUUCACGGCCGCCACCGCCGUCUUCAAAUCCCUCGGCUUUCCCUACCCCUUUCCGGCGAAUGCUCCCGCCGAAGCGGUAAAGGUCCUCGUCUGGGGCGGCGCGAGUGCUGUUGGCGCUUUUGCGAUCCAGCUGCUCAGGGCGUCACAUGUUGAUGUCACGGCUGUUUGUUCCGCGAGGAACUUUGACUAUGUUCGGAGUCUGGGAGCGAGCCAUGUUAUUGACUAUGGAGCCGGGGAUGUGGUUGCGCAGGUGAAGGCGCAGGGUCUGCGGUUUGAGAUGGUUUUUGAUGCGAUCUCGUCGCAGGAGACGUGUACUGCUUGCUUGGAUAUUGCUGGGGAGAGAGGCAAGGUGGCGAACGUGCAGUUUUUGGAGGCUCUGAGACGGCCUAAUAUUGACUUGGUGCAUACGAACGUUGUUGAUAUCUUGGGCGAGUCGGAUGCGGACUUCCUUUCCUCCUUGAUUGGGGCUUGGACACCGAAGGCCUUGAGCGAAGGGACUUUGAAGGGUGUCCGGUACACGAAAUACUCUGGUGGCUUGAGCGAUGUUGAUCGUGCAAUUAGGGAUCAUCGUGAUGGCAAGAUUGCUGGAAAGGGGGUUAUUUGUGGGAUCUAAAGGGUGCGGGCUGUGUGUUUGGUUAAUUUGUCAAGUAGUAGAAUAGAGUGGUAUAUUUAUGUGUUCCAUUGCCUUGUGCAUCUUGUCUCUGCUAUCCUUAUCUGACAUUAGCCAGUGGCCGUUACCUUCACGUAUGCAAUCGCGAUGAUUUGUAUGUACACAUGGAAACGAUUUUGUCCAGCAAGUUUCGCAGUUGGUUCAACACCGCCAUCUUAGCUCUCUAGUAUAUUCAAGAACCCUGCACACAUAACAACCCCAUCAAGACAGGUUAUUUAUACUGCGGGUAUUCCUCCUGGGUCCAAACCUUCCAAACGAGCCUCUCUCCACUGACAGUGCCACUUCGUAGGAUAUCCAGAGCCGUGGAAGCUCUCUGCAAAAGCGAGUCGCCUUGAACUUCACGAUACUUAUUCGGCUCAACAGCACCUAGCUUGAGCAGCGCGGGAACAAUUUCCGGCAACAGAUGAUCCUUUAGGAAAGUAUCCUACUGUAACGUCAGCCGUCCGAACGCAAA